AUUCUCCUCACCACUCUCUAGCUACUACACUCUCUCUUUUUUCAUUAGAUAUCUGAAACCGACUAACACAAUUAUUCCUAUCAAAAAUCUCUAUUUUCGCUCAGGAUUUGAACUUAAAAUUUCUGAUUAAGGGUGAAGAGAUCACACCAUUUGAACGAAGUUUUCAAGAAACGGUGAAACAGAAAGAUGGCGGGAGGAGGAGGAGGAGGAAGAUCAUUGGAACAAACACCAACGUGGGCUGUUGCUGUAGUUUGUUUUGCGUUGGUUGCCAUUUCUAUUGUAAUUGAGUUCAUCAUCCAUCUUAUUGGCAAGUGGUUGAAGUCUAAACACAAAAAUGCAUUAUAUGAAGCACUUGAGAAGAUCAAAUCAGAGCUUAUGCUACUAGGAUUUAUAUCCCUACUGUUAACAGUAGGGCAAGAUCCAAUUUCAAAUAUAUGUGUAUCUGAGAAGAUUGCAAGUACAUGGCAUCCAUGUAGUAAGCAAAAAGAAGCUGAAAAGUACAACGUGCCUGUAGAGGCUGAGGGUCAUCGCCGGCGACUUCUUACGGCGGCUGACGACGGUGGAGUUCGGCGAAUUUUGGCGGCUGUCGGAACUGACAAAUGCGCUGACAAGGGAAAAGUAGCAUUUGUGUCUGCUGAUGGUAUUCAUCAAUUACAUAUCUUCAUUUUUGUGCUGGCUAUUUUUCAUGUAUUCUACUGUAUUACCACAUUGGCUUUGGGAAGAGCUAAGAUGAGUCGAUGGAAGGCAUGGGAAAAGGAAACAAGAACAGCUGAAUACCAAUUUGCUCAUGAUCCUGAGCGAUUCCGCUUUGCUAGAGACACGUCAUUUGGAAGAAGACACUUGAGUUUUUGGACUAAAAACCCAGUUCUUCUUUGGAUUGUUUGUUUCUUCAGACAAUUUGUAAGAUCUGUCCCUAAAGUUGACUACUUGACCCUACGACAUGGUUUUAUCAUGGCGCAUUUGGCACCUCAGAGCCACGUAAAGUUUGAUUUCCAAAAGUAUAUCAAGAGGUCACUUGAAGAGGACUUCAAAGUUGUCGUUGGCAUCAGUCCCCCAAUUUGGUUCCUUGCUGUGCUGUUCCUACUCUUUAAUACUCAUGGCUGGUAUUCUUAUCUGUGGCUACCGUUCAUUCCGUUAUUUGUGAUAUUGCUAGUAGGGACGAAGCUACAAGUAAUCAUAACAAAAAUGGGACUAAGAAUUCAAGAAAGAGGGGAAGUAGUGAAGGGUGUCCCUGUAGUUCAACCUGGGGAUGACCUCUUUUGGUUUAAUCGUCCUCGUCUCCUUCUUUAUCUCAUUAAUUUUGUCCUUUUUCAGAAUGCUUUUCAGUUGGCCUUCUUUGCUUGGACUUGGUAUGAAUUCGGGUUAAAAUCUUGUUUCCACGACCAUACUGAGGAUAUCGUCAUUAGAAUGACAAUGGGGGUUCUUAUUCAGAUUCUCUGCAGCUAUGUCACCCUUCCGCUAUAUGCCCUCGUGACACAGAUGGGAUCAUCAAUGAAGUCAACCAUCUUCAACGAAAGAGUGGCAACAGCAUUGAAAAACUGGCACCACACUGCCAAAAAGCACGUCAAAGAGAUCAACAAGCAUUCCAAUACAGUAACCCCAAUGUCAAGCAGGCCAACUACGCCUUCUCACGGCAUGUCACCUGUCCAUCUCCUCCGUGGAAACCACUGGAGGAGCGAAAUGGACGACAGUCCUCGAAGAUCAAAUUACAAUGUUGACCAUUGGGACAACGAGGUCUCGCCAUCUCCCACCCGAUUCAACCAGGCUAGGGAGGGCUCGCCAUCUCCCACCCGGUUCAACCAGGGUAGGGAUGGCUUGUCCUCAUACUUCAUGCAUCAAACUCAAAUUAGUCAUGAUCACUUGCAUCAUGACUCGGAAUUAGGUCAUGAGCCUAGUUCGUUUCAAGUGGUUCCUUUACAACAAACGGCUCGUGACCAACAUGAGAUCAAUAUUGCCAAUCCAACUGACGAAUUUUCGUUUGAUAAAAGAGCCACUAGUCUUUAAAAUUUAAAAGAUCAUGCAUGAAAUGGAUGAUCUAUCGUUUAGUAGAAGUUAGAAAAGACAGAGAUGUACAAGGAUUCGAGAAACGGACUACAAAGUGGCUUGAUUGACAACGAAGCUAAGUGCAUUUCUUGAUUGUUUUUAUUACAUCCAAGUUUCAAAAGCUGAAUCUUGAUUACAGCGUCACAGCAAUUUGGACCGCAUAUGAACUCUGUAAUUGUAAGAUCGAGAAUCUGGUCAACUUUAAUUUCCACCGAAGAGAAAUACUCCUAUGUAAAUUGCAUCUGCUUAUGUAUAUGAUCAGUAACGGCAUCAUCGACUAAUUCGAAUUAAUGUUCAAUCGUUCUUGUUAC